CUAAAGAAAACACCCAGACUACAUCUUCGACUUUACUAUUGUUGCUGAUGCUAGUCUGGUACUGUCUUACGUGCAGAAUCGCACAAACAUUCGAGUUUCGACUGGGGAAAAUGGGGUCCAAAUUUGCCAACGUUUUCUGCAGAAAUGGGUCGUAUCUGCGCCCAUUCGUGGCUCUCAAGAUGCAGACGAGACCAUGCACCAUGGCCGUGCUCGCUGACGUCCAGAAGAAGAUUGACCAGAAAAGACAAAAAGCCAUGGAAGGAGGCGGACCGAAACGGAUAGAAGCCCAACACAAACGGGGUAAGUUGACGGCCCGUGAGCGCGUCAAUCUGCUGUUGGAUCCAGGCUCCUUCGUUGAGUUUGACAUGUUUGCAGAGCACAGCUGUACUGACUUUGGAAUGGAUGAAGAAAGCAAACAGUUUCCAGGUGACGGUGUCAUCACUGGACACGGUUUAAUCAACGGACGCGUUGCCUACUUGUUCAGCCAGGAUUUCACCGUGCACGGUGGUAGUCUGUCCAGCGCUAACGCCCGUAAGAUCUGUAAGAUCAUGGAUCAAGCAAUGGAGAUUGGGGCACCUGUGAUCGGAUUGAACGAUUCGGGCGGGGCUCGGAUCCAAGAAGGGGUGGAUUCACUGGCUGGAUAUGCGGACAUCUUCCAGAGAAACGUCAUGGCAUCUGGAGUCGUCCCCCAAAUCUCACUCAUCAUGGGGCCGUGUGCAGGUGGUGCUGUGUACUCCCCAGCCCUGACUGACUUUACCUUCAUGGUCAAGGACACAUCAUUUCUCUUCAUCACCGGACCUGACGUAGUCAAGGCUGUGACCCAGGAGGAUGUGACAUAUGAGGAACUAGGAGGAGCCAAGACUCAUACAACUAUAUCUGGCGUCGCUCACGGAGCCUUUGAGAAUGACAUCGAUGCGUUGGCUAAACUGCGUGAUCUCUACAACUACCUCCCACUCAGUAAUCAAGACCCCGCCCCUCUUAGGGCAUGUGAUGACCCAGGUGACAGACUGGUUCCUGUUUUGGACACCAUUGUACCCCCAGAAUCUAACAAACCCUACGACAUUUUGGACGUCAUUCGAGCUAUCGUGGACAAUCGUGACUUCUUCGAGAUUAUGCCAGCUUACGCUAAGAACAUGGUGAUUGGUUUUGCCAGAGUCGGCGGUCGGACCGUCGGCAUCGUCGGUAAUCAACCAAAGGUCGCAUCAGGUUGCCUGGACAUCAACGCGUCCGUCAAAGGAGCCCGGUUUGUGCGUUUCUGCGACGCGUUCAACAUCCCUCUCGUCACCUUUGUGGACGUGCCGGGAUUCCUGCCCGGUACCCAUCAGGAAUAUGGCGGUAUCAUCAGACACGGAGCUAAACUUCUGUAUGCAUUCGCUGAGGCUACUGUCCCAAAGAUAACUAUCAUCACUAGAAAGGCCUAUGGCGGUGCGUAUGACGUAAUGAGUUCCAAGCAUCUGCGAGGUGAUACUAACUAUGCCUGGCCUACUGCUGAGGUAGCUGUCAUGGGCGCGGCGGGAGCAGUGAAGAUCAUUUUCCGAGGUCAGAAAGAUGUCGUGGAGAGGGAACGGGAAUACGUUGAGAAGUUUGCAAAUCCCUUCCCUGCAGCUGUCAGAGGUUUUGUGGAUGACAUCAUCCAGCCCAGCACGACCAGACGGAGGAUUUGCCGGGACUUGAACCUCCUCGCAACCAAAAAGAAGAGCAAUCCUUACAAGAAGCAUGCCAACAUCCCUCUGUGAGAGGGUUACCUUAAGAAGGGACUCGCUGCCGCAAACGACAGAUCAAGCAUGUUGGUAGGCCGUGUCUAAUUGGCAAUUAAAUCUACCGAAACUAAAUUAACGCUUGUAAGAUCCCAUAAUAUGCAUUACUCAUACAUCCUUUCAGGAAAGUGUCCGAAGUCGAAGUCAUCACCUAGAUCUUCAGUAUCUGUUAUAUUAUGAAGGGUGAGCUGCCAUGCACUCUAGAAAAUGCCAAGUUUGAGUAGUUGACCUAUCGCCGUUUGCGAGUUAGCCCCGCCCCUUAGACAACCUCAUUGAGUUUUUGUACACUAAGUUUUGUUUGUCUCAGAUGUUGCGCAUUCUGCGUCCAUUUGUAUAUCAUGUAAUUGGACAAUAUUUCACAAGCUGCGUUGACGCGAUUCUAACGCGAUUCUGCCGCGGUAGGUCAAUUCUUUGAUAAGUGAAUGAAUUCCCGCAGCUAUCAUUUGAGGCACGUUCAAAUCUCUCCUUUGAAGUCUUUACGGAUCAGUAUGUGUGCCCUCCACUGCUCGGUGGGUAUCGGCAUUUCUUGCUAUGUGCCGAACCACAAUGCUGUCAGAGUUUGAAUGCUUUUAGGAUUUAAGUCAUCAAUAAAAAUGAAACAAAUUAGGCUAGGAAAGGUUUUAACACGCAAUUUGGAGAGAAUUUGACUCUGUCACCCCCCCCCCCCUCAAAAAAGUCUCUAAGUAAUUCAUAUCAUCACCGUUUUCACGAACUAACACUUGCGCGCUAGUGGGUGUUAGUUUGUGAAACCGCGUAAUCAACUAUUUUGGUUUCUCAAACUAACACCUGGGUGUGUGUGCGCACAUCGGACACUGACACGAAAAAGAAUGAUUUUGGUUUUCACGAACUGAA